CAUCUCUGGGACCUGCAAUGACAAGUCUGAACAGUAGCCAUGCAGCGAAAACUGGUGAAAUGUCUUCAAAGCAGCCAGCGCCAAAAGUGCAGGUUCAGCGAUCUGUCUCCCGAGAAACCAUCACCAUUCAUUUCUCGGCAUUUGGGAAGGAGGAAGAGGAGGAGGAGGAAGAAUUUAAGGAUUUUCCCACUGUGGCACUGGAUGACCAAAGCAUUGUAACAGCACUUGAAGCUAAGGAAGACCUAUGCUUUGAUCAUGGUGACCAUGACUCUUCUGGUCCCUCUACCUCGCUUAACAUCACUGCAUCCCCACUUGCCUCCUCUCCCACUGCCAUGCCAACUGCAAAGCCAUUGGAGUCUUCAGCAUCCCAAGUAUUCAGUGCAGUGCCAUUAGCCCUCUCAUCCUCUUCACAUUUGUGUCAUACCGCUAGCCCAUCUGGCAUUGCGUUGCCUUCAGAACUGAGAACCAGCUUAUCAUCAUCUCCGUUGUCUUCUCCUUCCAAGCCACUUGUUUUGUCUAGUGCGCCAUCCACUGUUACUAGCUCAAAGCCUUUCAUGAGCUUAGUGAAGUCUCUCUCAACAGAAGUAGAACCAAAAGAACCCACUCCACCUACAAGACAUAGACACUUAAUGAAAACUAUAGUGAAGUCUCUGUCUACGGACACUUCUAAACAGGAGUCUGAAAGUGCGCCCAGCAGACCACCUGACUCUAAGCUGAAUUUGCACUUGUUCAAGCAGUUUACCCAACCACGGAGUACUGGCGGUGAUUCCAAAACUGCCCCCUCAUCCCCCUUAACAUCUCCUUCAGAUACUCGAUCUUUUUUUAAAGUACCUGAAAUGGAGGCCAAAAUUGAGGACACUAAAAGACGCCUCUCAGAAGUAAUUUAUGAGCCUUUUCAGCUCCUCAGUAAAAUAAUGGGUGAUGAGAGUAGUAGCCACAGGCCCAAAGCCUUAUCAUCAAGUGCUUCAGAACUGUCCAAUCUUUCCAGCUUGAAUGGCCAUCUGGAAAGCAAUAACAACUAUAGCAUUAAGGAGGAGGAGUACGAUUCAGAAGGGGACUUCUAUGGAAGUGAUUCCCACAUAAGUAAGGGUAGCAAACAGGCCCAAGCAGUCGAAGAGCAUGGAAAAGAGACUGAAACUAAAAGUUCUCCGUUAUUAAGCACAAAGGACUUCAAUUCAAAGGCAUCCCUGGUACUGGAAAGAUGUUCUCUGUCUGCCUUGGCAAGCAAAGAUGAUGAAGAGUUCUGUGAACUGUACUCUGAGGACUUCUGUGUGAUAGAGGAUGAGAGCAAAGCUGACAGACAGUUGGAAAGUUCACUGAAGAUGGAGAUGCCCGAGGAGAGCUCUACAUCUUUCAAUAGUGAAGGUGAAAUUCAAGUACAUGUGCAACAGGUUGACCUUCCAAUGAAGACAUUGUACUUUCUCACAAUGUUGAUCUAUGCUUACCUUAUAGUCCCUCUCCCUAGUUACUUCAGUGGACUCUUCUUGGGAGUUGCCAUUGGAUUUAUGAUUGCUGUCUUUGUUGUUUGGCUUUUUACACCAAGUGCUAGGUAUAACAGACUUCAUACAUAUGGAACUAGGCAGCUGAGUACAGAACCUCUGGACAUCAAAGAGCCUGAGAUAUUGAAGGGCUGGAUGAAUGAGAUCUCUAACUACGAUCCAGAAACCUACCACGCUACUUUGACUUACUCCGUCUUUGUGAGACUUGAAGGAAGUACCUUAAGACUUUCAAAACCCAACAAAAAUAUUUCCAGAAGGGCUAUCUAUAAUGAAGCAAAGCCUGAAGUCGUCUAUAUUAGCCAGAAGAUUUAUGAUCUUACAGAUAGCACGAUUCAUCUGGUCCCAAAAAGUUUGGCUCGCAAACGAAUCUGGAAUAAAAAGUAUCCCAUUUGCAUUGAGCUUGGACGGCAAGAUGAUUUUAUGGCUAAAGCCCAGACUGAUAAAGAGACCUUGGAAGAGAAGCCACCAACAGAAAAAGCAGAACUUGGUACUGAAGAAUCCAAGAAACAAUCUCAGGAUGGAGUGAAGUCAGCUUCUCAGAAGGAUCAGGUGCUUUAUCUCUUUGGAAGGACUGGUAGGGAAAAGGAAGAGUGGUUUAGGAGGUUCCUUCUGGCUUCCAAAUUAAAAUCUGAUGGAAAGAAGCCAGUUAUAUGUGGAAACAAGCCAGGAUUUCUGCCAGCGCACAGUAGAUCCAAUAGCCAGACUGGAAUUCUUACACACAGUCGAAGCAGCAGUAAAGGAAGCAUAGAAGAAAUCCUCUCUCAGCCAAAGCAGAAGGAACUGGCAGCCACCAUGAGACAAAAAAUGCUGUUGGAUUACAAUGUCUAUAUGGCAAAGUGCGUUCCACAGGAACACAGAAGCCCCAUUGCAAGCCCAGAUCACAGUGCUGAUAGUAGCCCUACUGCUGUAAAGAAGUUGCCAGAUGCCCAUAGUGAAGAAGAGGAACAGGAAGCAUGGGUGAAUGCUUUGCUUGGAAGAAUAUUCUGGGAUUUUUUGGGAGAAAAGUACUGGUCUGACCUCGUGUCUAAGAAGAUACAAAUGAAGCUUAGCAAAAUAAAGUUGCCGUACUUCAUGAAUGAGCUAACACUAACAGAACUAGACAUGGGAGUUGCAGUGCCGAAAAUCCUUCAAGCCUACAAACCCACUAUUGAUUACAAAGGGCUUUGGAUUGACUUGGAGAUAUCAUACAAUGGAUCUUUUCUAAUGACCCUCGAGACCAAAAUGAAUUUGACCAAACUUGGUAAAGAACCUCUGAGUGAAGCAUUGAAGGUUGGAGAGAUUGGCAAAGAAGGUUUCAGACCAAGGGCAUAUUGCCUUGCGGACAGUGAUGAAGAAUCCUCUAGUGCUGGCUCUUCAGAAGAAGAUGAUGCUCCAGAAGCAACAGGGAGUGAGAAACCUGUAGUGCCAGGAGCAGAAGGUUACGUGGUAGGGCACCGAACAAGCAAGAUCAUGAGGUUUGUGGAUAAAAUCACGAAGUCAAAAUACUUUCAGAAAGCAACAGAGACAGAAUUCAUCAAAAAGAAAAUUGAAGAGGUCUCAAAUACUCCACUGCUGCUAACCGUUGAGGUACAAGAAUGCAAAGGGACAUUGGCAGUUAACAUUCCACCACCACCUACUGAUCGAAUAUGGUACGGUUUCCAAAGGCCACCCUAUCUGGAGCUAAAAGCUCGGCCAAAGCUUGGAGAGAGAGAAGUGACUUUGGUUCAUGUGACAGAGUGGAUAGAGAGAAAACUGGAACAAGAAUUCCAGAAAAUCUUCGUCAUGCCAAACAUGGACGACGUUUAUAUUCCUCUAAUGCACUCAGCCAUGGAUCCUCGUUCAUCAAUUUGUUCUCUGAAAGAUCCCACCACAGAAGCUGCUGAUCAACCAUGAAAUGUGAAAACUGCAGUUUACAGUAUUAACAAGAUUUUUUUUUCAUUUUUGAAACAAAAGUGAACUAGGUUUCUGUCCUCAUGCCAUGCUCUUUUUUUUCCUCCUUACAGAUGAUGAAUGCUUUAUGCCAAUGUUUGCCCAGUUUUCCAAGCACUGCUCUUAUCGACUUAAGUUAUGCAAGCAUUAGUUCCAUUUCUAAUGUAGUUUGUAUCUCAUUUGCAGCAGCUGCUGUUGAGGUUUCAACAUAACAGCUAAUGUGCACUUUUCUGCAGUAAAUUAAGAAAAGGAAAAACAAUACCAAUUGCAAUUGAUCAGGAGAUUUACAGCACAAAUGGAGGUCAGUUUGGGGGCAUGCAGUAUUGGUAAUGCACAUGGCGCAUUGAUGGGUUUGACUCUCUUGCAGCCCACUGAAAUCUGUACCUCCAUAAGGAACAAAUCUGUAUAACUGGAAGAUUGUUUGGCUUUUUUCUUUUCCUCUUGUAUAUGUUUGUUCUCUCUUCCUCUCUCAGGCAGUUGGAGGUGUAAAAUGAACUGGAACGUUCUUUCACUUCUGCAGUCGAUAGCUUGUGUCAAGCAAAUUUUGAAAUAAAUGUUUUCUGGAGUUAAGAAUGUAAAUUGGAUGUAUAGGUAAUAUUGUGAAUCACUUCAUGUGGAUUAUACAUAGUAACUUAUUUUUUCAUACAAAAUUGCAGUUCUUUUGGAAACAAGUAGCCAUAUAACACAUGCAAACAUAUUGAUGAAUUGGCUAGUGUGGGAUCUAGUGCUUUUUUAUUUUUUAAAGUGAAAGGAACAAUUGGUUAAAGCUGAGACCAAACCGUUGUAAGCCUUCUUAAAAAAACAAAACAAGUGAGGUACAAUCACCGUGGCUUGUGAUUUAAGGAAUGCUAGGCACACAUUGUAGUGUCUUAACGGUGUCUAUGUGUGCAUACAUAACAAACGAUCACAGCUGUCCCAUACGGAAGUGUUUGACUUGAUUGACUGAAUUUGUAUUGUGUUUCUGUUGUUCUGAGUUUUCUCAUUGCACUGGUGUUUAUGCACUGUAGCAGAGCCACACAUUCUUAAAAAUGGUUUGAAGGGUUGCAAACCCUGCUUGCAACUUUUGCUCCAUGAGGAAAGCCUUAUUAGCUAUGACUGAAGGUACCUUUAGGCCAUCUUGGUGUGUGAAUAGGAAACCCUAACAAGGAGCCAUGCCUGACUACAAAAGCAGUCCUAGUGAUAACAACCAACAUCUUAUGAGAAACUGAUUCAUCUGAUUUCUUGCAUCAGCUUUCAAGACGAAACAUGUGCGUUAUUAAGCCAGUAACUGUUCUGAACACUACAUAAUGAUCAACGCCAGUAAAGAUGUCCCCCCAAUAAUAUUGCCAACUUCCUUAUGUCAAAAGAAUGUUAAUUUAGUUUACAAAGGAAGUGAGCUUUUGAAGCCACUUUUUAAGUGUACUGUGCUUUAAGUGGUUUUAAAACUUUUUUUUGUACAUUGUGUUCAGUUAUGGUGUGUAAAACUUUACAUGAUUAGCGAUCUCUAAAUGAAAGGGUUCUGAGUGAAGGGUGAUUUUUCUUUUUUAAAAAAGCACCUUGCCUGAAGAAAUUAGCAUUUAAAUAUGUUUUAAGUCCUUAUAUUAUUUGGACCCCCAUUUUUGUUACCUAAGUUCCUCUAGCCAUUUCAGUUUGUGUACUGUUCCAGCUCUUGUUCUCAUGAUGGAAACACAACUUGGCUCUCUCCUUCCAAGUAUGCAUGUCUUGUUCACAGCUCUCUCUUUUUUUCUCCAUGUGCAAUAACAAUCCAAGUCUAAAGACUAGAUGCACUAAUAAAUAUGUAAAAAGGUUCAGAUUUGACACAAGUGACUUUCAUUGCACUUCAUAAUCAGACUAUGUGGGUUAUUACAAUGGGCUUGCUUUGUUUUUCGGAAAUAAAUUUAUCCCAUGUCAAA